CCUCCCGAGAGGGCGGGUGCCCGAGCCCAGCUCCGGAAGGGCCAGGCCAGAGCUCACCCGAGAAGGGCUCACCUCACCGAGACGGUGCCCAAGCUGAGUCCUGCAGAGGCAGAGACCGGAGCUCGCUCUAGCGAGCGCGGCCCCUGACCCGCUCCCCGCUCGGGUGUCCAGCCCGUGCCCAGCCAGCAGCCCCUGACCUGCCGCUCUCAGCCUCCGCCCUGCUCCCCGCAAGCUCCCUGACCCCGGGAUGGGGAAGGCGGCUGGGCACAGUCCCGGGCCCGGGUCCCCGCCUUGAUGUUACCCCAUCCCACCCCAGGGCCGGGGUUAUUAAGGCCGCCCUUGGGCCCAACUGUACAACCAAUUGUUAACUUGGCAAAACUCUGCGGAGGCCGUUGUGGAACCGCAGAAUCUGGCUCCAGCCUGUGGGGGUGUGGGGAGCAGACGCGCCCCAAUGCAGGAGCAGGACCUGCCCAGUAUGCGGGAUGCCGGGGCCCCCAGGGGCCAGGGCCAGUCCCCCAGUGGGAUGGGUGCUCUGGGCCAGGCCGGGGUCAUCCUACUCACCUAUGUGCUGGCGGCCCUGGAGCUCACCUGCCUCUUCAUGCAAUUCUCCAUCAUGCCCUACCUGUCCCGGAGGCUGGGCCUGGAUUCUGUUGCCUUUGGCUACCAGCAGACGAUCUUUGGAGUGCUUCAGCUGCUGGGCGGGCCCAUGUUUGGCAGGUUCGCAGACCAGCACGGGGCAAGGGCAGCCUUCACGCUCUCCUUCCUGGCGUCCUCCGCACUCUACCUGCUCCUGGUCGCAGCCUGCAGCCCGUCCCUGCCCGGCGUGGCCUUACUCUUCGCCUCGCGCCUGCCCGCAGCACUCAUGCACACGUUGCCAGCUGCCCAGAUGGUCAUCACAGACCUGACCACGCCUGAGGAGCGGCCGGCGGCCCUGGGCCGGCUCGGCCUGUGCUUCGGCAUCGGCGUCAUCGUCGGCUCCCUGCUCGGCGGGACCCUGAGCAGCGCGUGUGGGAUUCAGUGUCCGGCCAUCGUGGCUUUUGUGGUUAAUCUCCUGGGAGCUGUCCUCAGUUUCACCUGCAUCCCCACCAGCACCAAAGAGGCCAGCACCCAGGACCAGGCUGCCCCGCCAGGUGGACCCAAGGCCAGCGUGUUUGACCUGAAGGCCAUCACUCGUCUUCUGCUGCUGCCGGGCGUCCUGCCCAUAUUUCUGGUCAAGGUGAUCUCUGGCUUCCCCUCCGGGCUCUUCAUGGUCAUGUUCUCCAUCAUCUCCAUGGACUUCUUCCAGCUGGAGGCCGCCCAGUCCGGCUACCUCAUGUCCUUCUUCGGGGUCCUCCAGAUGGUCAUCCAGGGCCUGGUCAUCGGACGACUGAGCAGCCACUUCUCUGAGGGAGCCCUGCUCCGGGCCAGCGUGCUAGUCUUCAGCGUCGUGGGCCUGGCCAUGGCGCUGAUGGCCAACAUCUUCCACUUCUGUCUCCUGAUGCCCGGCCUGGUCUUCAGCCUGUGUGCCCUCAACGUGGUCACCGACAGCAUGCUGACCAAGGCCGUCUCGGCCUCAGACACCGGGACCAUGCUGGGCCUCUGCGCCUCUGUGCAGCCGCUGACCCGAACCCUGGGGCCCACCCUGGGCGGCCUCCUGUACCGCAGCUUCGGAGUCCCCGUCUUCGGCCACGUGCAGUUUGCAGUCAACUUCCUUGUCCUCCUGUUCCUCUGGAGGCAGCCUAUGCCCCAGAAGAAAGACAAAGUCUGGUGACUAAUGCCCCUGGGCACAGACUGGCAAUAAACUCCCUCGGGACCUC